GUAGCAUCGUUGAAGUUCAUAGUUCAAACAUUACAGUAAAAAUAGGGUACUCGCUGGCUGGCUGCCUGUCCGCUCGCUGGGAAUUAUAAACAACUUGGUGGUCACAGAACCAACCGCUUGCCUCCGCACCGCAAACCUGCAGUGGAACCCGAAAAUGGUCCUCAGCUAAUCGGCGCCUGCUCUUGCCCUGUUGUCGGCGGAUUUACAGAACGACGGCUAGCUGGGUGCUAACGUUAGCACGCUAGCUUGCCAGGAGCACAUAGCAACUGCUGCUAGCUAACGUCACUGGACUGGUACUCUUUACUGUCAAGGCUGCAGCUAUGUUCGUCCAGGAGGAGAAGAUAUUCGCCGGGAAAGUGUUGAAAAUCCACAUCUGCACCAUGGACGGCACGGAGUGGUUGGAGGAGGUCACGGAAGACACCACUGUUGAAAAACUAAAAGAGAAGUGCUUGAAACAUUAUGUGCACGGAGGUCUAGAAGACCCCAAAACGCUUACCCACCAUAAGCUUAUACAUGCUGCUACAGAGAGAGUCCUCACUGACACUAAAACUGUCGCUGAUGAAAAUCUCAAAGAUAAAGAAGUUUUGCUGCUCAUUAAGAAAAGACCACCACCGACCCUUCCAAAGAUGGCAGACGUUACUUCGGAAGAAAAGAAGAAGCAAGAUAACAAGGCCCCAGACAAAGAAGCAAUUUUGAAAGCCACCGCCAGCCUCUCCACGCGUCACACUGACCGCACCGUUACACAGCAUAACAUUAGAGAUUUUCAGACAGAGCUAAGAAAAAUCCUGGUUUCUCUCAUUGAAGUUGCCCAGAAGCUUCUUGCCUUGAACCCUGAUGCUGUUGAACUCUUUAAAAAGGCCAAUGCGAUGUUGGAUGAAGAUGAAGAGGAUCGGGUGGAUGAAACGGCCCUUCAGCAGCUCACAGAGAUGGGCUUCCCCGAGAGCAGAGCCAUCAAAGCUCUUAGACUGAACCACAUGUCAGUGACACAGGCAAUGGAGUGGCUCAUUGAGCACGUAGACGACCCCACUGUAGAUGCACCGCUGCCUGGCCAAGACUCUUCCGGAGCAGCAGGAGCCACAGCAGCUGCCACACCAGGCCCCUCAGCCUCAGCUUCAGCCUCGGCCGCGGCCUCUGGCCCUAACCUUCUCCGCAGCCUCUCCAGCCAGUCGAGCACAGACGAGAGCAGCAGGCAGGACGAGCUCACAGAGAUCUUCAAGAGGAUCCGCAGGAAACGGGAGUUCAGACCGGACUCAAGAGCUGUCAUUGCAUUGAUGGAGAUGGGAUUUGAUGAAAAGGAGGUGGUUGAUGCUCUGAGGGUGAAUAAUAAUCAACAAGAUGCUGCGUGUGAGUGGCUGCUGGGAGACAGGAAACCUUCUCCAGAAGAUAUGGACAAAGGAAUCGACACCAACAGCCCGCUGUUCCAAGCCAUUCUGGAGAAUCCAGUAGUCCAGUUGGGCUUAACCAACCCCAAGACUCUGCUAGCGUUUGAAGACAUGCUGGAGAAUCCCCUCAACAGCACCCAGUGGAUGAACGACCCAGAGACUGGCCCUGUCAUGCUCCAAAUAUCCAGAAUCUUCCAGACCCUCAAUCGCACAUAGAGCCUCCUGGUGACCCUCCCCCCUGUGUGACUGUGGCAGCUUGUGUGUGCGUUUGACUAUACUGGGAUAUGUGCGUGUGUGUGUGUAUGGAUGAGUGGCAGAGACAGAAGUAUUGUUUUUGCCUUGUAAAGACAAAGCCGGUGGAGUCAAAAUUAUGAAUUAAGAUGUUCUACAUAUAACUAUUUAUAACAGUACAGUAAAAACACUUAUACAAAACAGAUGUUAGCAGAAACAUUAUUAUUACAGUAAUAAUAAUAAAAAAUGAGAAAUGGAGAUUUAGUAUGUUGUUUUUACAUUUUAAUGAGAACAGUUUAUAGUUAUGACAGACAUCAUUUAUUUUAUAUAAUUUCUCCAUGUGCAAAAACGACAUCAGAUAUCAAUUUAAUGUUUACACUUCAAAGAAAACUGUUUUUGUAUGUUUUGCAAUAUUUAAAUAUCAAUUACAGUUUUGUUUGUCAUCAGUGAUGAGUAUGUGGAAGAAUUCAGUAUCAUGGCUUGUAUUUCUUCCCCCUUUUGUCUUGUUUUUAUCAAAAGAAACUGCUUGUAGUCGAGAGGCUGGUGGUCAAAGUUGAGUGUUUGUUUAGCUAAUUGAUAAAAUAUGCUUUCAGACACGUUUACCUCUCUCUCUCCAUUCAUGCCUGUGAGGUCACUGUAAGUCAGUCUCAGUUUAAAAGGGGGAACAUUUGUCCUGGAGCCACUUCGAGAAUAUUUAUUUGACGUUCUGCCUUUUUAGACGAAAGCUGUACACUAAACUGUUUGUGUCUUAGUCAUGUUUUUACAAGAAAACUAUAUAUUAGGCCUGUGUGUUUGUUGUCAAUGUGCUCUUGAAUGUCAUAUUAUCAUCUUGCGCUCAUUUAGCACUUGUUCACCUCUAUGAAUAUCACUCACUGCAGCACUGAGGAAGUUAAAAGAAGGGUUUCUGUAUUGUCUCAAGAGGCUGUGGUGGGAUGUUAAAUGAAGCUGAGCCUAAUCAAGAGGGGUUUGCCUUUUCAACCUUUACUUUGAAUGGUGAAGAUGCCGAUCCAGUGCGAAGGUGCGAGCAUCUUCAUAUACAAAAAAGAAUAAUAGAAUUUGAGGCGCAACCAGUGUUGAUCUUUUGGUUGACUUAUUUUUGUUUGUUUUUUUGAGAGCAAUGAACAGUUAUGCUGUCAAACCAAACCAAAAUGUCACUAUAUUACCUGCCUUGUCAUUAGUUGUACCCAUUGAAAAAAACCCUGUUCUUCUGUGCAAUAGCAAGGACUUCUGUUGACCUGUAAAGAAUUAUAUUUGAUUUGAGUGUUAAGAGAUGUGUGAACUGCAAAUGGGUUGUGUGUUACACAAUAUUAGCCUUUGCAUUGAGUACUUAAAAUCUCCAGCUACGAGAAGGUUAACAUAGCCUCUCCUGGUUGUACCGAGAGUUAAAAACAAUAUGGAGGGUGGUGUGUUUUGCCAAGCUUUUGAGUGUUUUUUUUUUCCAAUAUUUAAAAAGAAAAUGUGGUAUUGAUGUGACUUUCUGCUCAGGGAGGCUGAGAUUGUUUUUCUAAACCUGUUGUCAUGGCAAACCUCUGCUCACCCCCUUUCUAGUUUGGCAUCUGAAAAUGGCUUUAACUAAUCUGUGUAGAACUUUGCUUAUGAAUAAGAACACCACAAGACAUGGUUUCAUAAAUGCAAUAUUUGAAAAUAUUUAAAUGUUUUUAGAGAGAAGUGUCUGUUUGAACUAUGUAUUAUUACAUUAUUUAUAUCGAAGCCAAACUCGUACCUUGUUCUUAUUUAUAACAUUUUUAGUAAACCUCGGAGCUAAUCUACAAAUGUGAAAAAAAAUUUAAUGAUUCAGAUGUUUUUACAAAGCAUUAAACAAGAUGGCUUAUGAACUGGUAGGUCACAGUGUGGUUUAAAGUAGUGCAACAUGCUUGGGUGAAGGAGGAUUGACACACACUUCGCUGGUAGCCUCUCUGCUUACUUUCUGAACCGUAGUGGACAUUCAUCAUGGCCACAAGAGACCAGCUGUCGCACCAGCUCCAUGCUUUGCACCGGCAUGCAUGACAAAACUCUUCAUUUUGACACAAACGUUGGGAGAUUGUAUGUUCAAAGAUAAAAGGUCCACAAAAAAAUGGAGACAACAUGUCUUGGCAAACCAUCAACAGGAACAGAACAAAACACUGAAGAAUUGUUGGUUAUUGUUUUUACUCAGCUUCCAUGCAGGACUGUCCCAGAUUAACAACCUAUGCAAUAUACUUUCACAGUCUGUUCAUUCAAACAGCCUCACGGCGACUGGCAUCUAAAUCACUAUUGCAUUAAAGUUAUUUUUUGUGGCUGUAA